AUGGAUACUGAUUUGGAGAGUGGUAUGGACGACCAAGGUAGAACGCUCGCCCCGAAGGCGUUCCGCUCCGAGAAUCUGGAAUUCUGUAACUACAAUCCCGUAGAAGAUGAGGAGGUUUUCCAUUGCAUUCAAAAUUGUCCUUCGAUCAUCAACUGGUGUGCAUCAACCCUACGACUGAUGGACUUCAACUUCACCACCCGCAUUGCCAAACACCUCCGGAGGAGAUCACAUUUGUUUGUGAUCAUCUACAGUAAAGAUGAGAGCUUGUACUAUACACCUAUUGAUACACUUUUCUUGGAGUCAUCUCACCGAGAAAUGGCCCAUCAUCGAUGCUCCAAGUUGGGAAUCGACAUCCUAAAGAGGUACCAGCAUUAUGAAACGGAGGCAAUCAACUGGGCUUUGAGCUGGGCGUUUAACAGUGCCGGUCUACACCGGGUGGAGAUGAAGAUUCCAUCGUGGAAUUUGCGAAUGGGCAAGCUGUGUGACGAGAUCGGGUUUCACACAGAGGGGGAAAGGAAAGAAUGCUACUUCCAAGGAUGGCGAGUGGUGGAACGAAGUGAAUAUGUCUAUGCUGAAGAAGGACUGGAAGAAACGUCAGGCCAAGAUGCAGAAGUAGCCAUCGUUGGAAGUGGAGUUGAUACGACGUAG